ACAAGCAAACAAACAACAGAAAAACAAAACAUAGAAUAGCUGUCCGAUGAAGCUUCUGACUCUUAAAGCACUUCCAUAGUUCCAUCCAUUUUCAAAACACACAUCAUGAUCCUCCUAUAUAACACUUCAUCAUCCACCACAACCAUGAAUAAACACAACCAAUUCCUCGUACCACCAUGACAAAACGUGAACCAACACUGCUUUUACUACUACAACUACUUUUCCUCUUGUCAUGCUCAUGCCUAACACACUCAACCACCAUCAUCAACGUGUGGCCCAAACCAAGAAACCUCACGUGGACCCCACCAUACCAAGCCACCCUCAUAGCCUCCACAUUCACCAUCACCACCACAACGCCCCACCACAACAAACACCUCUCCGCCGCCGUCACCCGCAUCCAAAACCUCGUAAAAACCGAACACCACCACCCACUUGUCCCCCCUGGGGUCAACAUCUCCACAAACCUUCCACCACUAGAAUCCCUCACCCUCACUAUUGUCGAUCCCGAUGCAGGACUCGUCCAUGAUGUGGACGAAUCCUACACACUAUCCAUCCUCCCUUCCUUGGCCACUCUCACUGCAAAUACAACUUGGGGCGCCAUGCGAGGCCUGGAGACAUUCUCCCAACUCGCAUGGGGCCGCCCCACGUGCAUUGCAGUGGGAGUGCACGUGUGGGAUUCUCCCAUCUAUGCCCACCGUGGAAUCAUGGUGGACACUUCAAGGAACUACUACCCUUUGAAGGACUUGUUGAGGACAGUGGAAGCCAUGAGCAUGAACAAGCUCAACGUGUUCCACUGGCAUGUUACGGACUCGCACUCUUUUCCCUUGGUGCUUCCUUCUGAGCCUACCUUGGCUGAAAAGGGUGCUUAUGCGUCUCACAUGGUGUACUCACCAGAGGAUGUGAAAACAAUAGUGGAGUUUGGUCUUGAUCGUGGGGUUCGUGUGUUGCCUGAGAUUGACUCACCUGGGCACACAGGAUCUUGGGCAUUAGCCUACCCUGACAUUGUAACUUGUGCCAACAUGUUCUGGUGGCCAGCUGAGGGUGAUUUGCUUGCUGCAGAACCAGGAACAGGUCAUUUGAACCCUCUAAACCCCAAGACUUACCAAGUCCUAAAGAAUGUCAUACGUGACACAACCACAUUGUUCCCAGAACAAUUCUACCACUCAGGUGCUGAUGAGGUUAUACCAGGUUGCUGGAAAACCGAUCCCACAAUUCAGAAGUAUCUAUCAGACGGUGGCACUCUAAGCCAACUUCUUGAGAAGUUCAUCAACAACACCCUCCCUUUCAUUUUGUCCCUCAACCGCACCGUUGUCUAUUGGGAAGACGUUUUGCUAGAUGACACAGUCCAUGUGCCAUCCACAAUGCUCCCCAAGGAGCAUGUGAUUCUGCAAACAUGGAACAAUGGGCACAACAACACCAAGAAGUUAGUUUCUUCUGGAUACAGAACCAUUGUGUCUUCAUCACAAUUCUAUUACUUGGAUUGUGGGCAUGGUGACUUUGUGGGGAAUAAUAGCAUCUAUGAUGACCAAAAUGGGAAUGUGAAAGAUGAUGGUGGAUCUUGGUGUGGACCCUUUAAGACAUGGCAAACGAUAUAUGACUAUGAUAUAGCAUAUGGGUUGAGUGAGGAAGAAGCAAAGUUGGUUUUGGGUGGGGAGGUAGCACUGUGGUCAGAACAAGCUGAUACACCUGUUUUGGAUGCAAGGAUUUGGCCUAGAAGUUGUGCAUUGGCUGAGGCACUGUGGUCCGGGAAUAGGGAUGAGAAGGGGAGGAAGAGAUAUGCUGAGGCCACUGAUAGAUUGAAUGAAUGGAGAAGUAGAAUGGUAAGUAGAGGAAUAGGGGCUGAACCUAUUCAGCCACUUUGGUGUGUUAGGAAUCCUGGUAUGUGUAACACAGUUCAGUGAGUGUACUAGCAUUCUUACUUUGUUAUGAAAAAGGAAGAAAAGAAGAAAAAAAUUCUCUUAAUUUUAAUUGGGUCGUUAGUCUAUACUCUUUAGUGUCCAACUGGUGUAUAGCAGUGUAGGCCUCCUGAAAGCCUAUUGUUUUAUGAUGAAUGAUUGUAAUGUCAAAGAAUAUUAAAUUUAUACAUUUCUUGAUUUCAAUUGGUGUUGUUA